ACUAGCUACACGAGGAUCUCAGGUAGGCAUUGUCGCCAUUCUUGUGUGCUGGCCCAUUUGGAAAAUGUUUCCGCAGUUGCCCAGCCAUGUUUGGCAUCUAGCAUGUCCAUCAAUUUCAAGAUAGGAGGCCUUGGAACUCUUGUGUGAGGUGACAUUGCAGGAAAAAUGGCCCUGUAGAAAAACUGUCCAUCAAGCUACGGGAUCAUGUACUCAGGAAACUUGUUCAAAUUCUGCACGAUUUUCCGAAGUCGUUUCAUUGAGGCCUCACGACGAAACUAGCUAGGCCUCUCCAUCUCUAGGAUCUGUAGGAGGCAACACGAAAUUAACCUGCCUGUCCCUUCAUAACCAUGUCAAUGAAGUCCUCAACCAACGUCGACACGGCAUCAAAGGAUGGACGACUGCCACCCGCUGGAGCACCUCCAUGGAGCAGGACCGCACCAUGGCCUUGCCAUUGUCCACGAGAUCCUCGAUGGCCUCACGUGGCAGCGGAAGGAGAACUUCAAGCGGCAAAGACCAAUUAAGAAACGCUGUUGCGAGAAAGUCUUGACAGCUGAGCUUGUCUUUGAAGACAACAUGUAGUAUAUAUAGUGUCCUGACUCUGGUAAGAACCUACACCUUUUGACACUUAAGCUAGCCCUGAAAAACAAAGAUGUGAAGCACUGAGACUACAGGACAUCUACCUCACUUGUAUAAACAGAAACACUUAAGCCACGACUGGCCUCCAGAGCUUUCCUGUUUUUCUCGUAGCAGUUAAUGGCAUCCUCGUAUGAAAAGACCCCUUCAGCCAACCUCUUCUCAAUCCUCAAGACUGCAUGAAGAAGUUGAGAGGGCAUUUCUUGAAAAGUGGUUUGAGGUUAGGGCUCGUUGGCAAGAACUGUCACCUGCUCGUGCUUUUUGCCCAAGUUGGUCUUCAACUCCUAAGUUCAAAGACCAGUUCAGGGUUGAAGAGAAACAGGGCAUGUAAAGAAGGACGGCAGUUCAAACCUGAAUCCAAGGAUCGGAAUGGCCAGAGUAUGGGCGAAGAUCUUGGGUCGUCGUGCGCUCUAUAUCCUGACGGUGAAGUUCAAGCGCACACUGCAGACUGCAUCGAAGCGGCUCUUCAUUUCACGAAGAGCAUGGAGCACUGCUGGGCCCGCGACCCUCUUGAGCUUGCCGUCCUUGUCACGAACCGCCAGGAGGUCACGAUGGAUCUUAGAUGGAUCUUGAAGCAUGUGACCUUGAAAGCUGUGAUCGAAAAGCCAGAUCUGCCAAGAUGCGAGAAAGCAAAGCAUGGUCCUCUCGGUUUGAUGUGGCUUCUCCCUGUCGAUUGGACCUUAUUCCUUUGUCCAGCCGCUGACCCCAGCACCUAAAGAGAGGUUGAAAAA